AUGGCGGAUGUAAGUAAAAAAGUGAGAAUUCGAGCUGGACAUCGAAGUCAUGCAAAGAAAAUUAUGUCUAUGGCUAGAGAAACACUCAAAAAGGUCGAAGGAGGAAAUGUGGGGUUGUUAAAAAAGCUCAAAUCUUUGGAAUCUGAAUCAAAGGAUAAAUUAUCGCAGCUAAGAAAUAUGGAUACUGAAAUCGCAGAAUUACUCGAAGAGGAAAAAGCAAUUGAUCAAGAAGUCGAAACCAGUUGUGAAUUCGUAAGUGCUGUUUAUGAUUGUAUUUCUGAUGUUAAAUCCACUAUUGCAAGUUAUGAAGCAUCUGCUGUUAUGGGAAGCUCAAAUAAUGAAAACCCCUCAUCUGGCUCCUCAACCCCCCUGAGUGCAUUGUAUGGAAAGCCAAACAUUGUUCAUGCAAGAUUACCUAAGUUAGAACUAAAGAAAUUUGGUGGGAAUCCUGUCGAGUGGACACCCUUUUGGGACUCAUUUCAAUCAGCUGUGCGUGUUAUUGAAAGUCUGAACUCUGUGGACCUGUUCAAUUAUCUAAAAUCUCUUGUACAUGGGCAGGCUGCUGAGACAAUAAGUGGGUUUUCCCUCUCCAGUGAAAAUUAUGAGGAAGCAGUUGAGCUCUUGAAGGACAGAUAUGGGAACAAACAAGUUCUUAUUUCUGCACAUGUUGAGUCCUUGCUUAAAUUACCUGCUGCAACCACAAUUGAUGAAACGAAGAAAUUGCGUGCUAUUCAUGACAAGACUGAAUCAAAUGUUCGAAGCCUGAAGAACAUUGGUAUUAACUCUGAGACCUAUGGUAGCUUUUUAUCCCCAGUUAUAAUGGCAAAGAUUCCUGAGGAAAUGCGUAUUGCCAUGACAAGAGAAUUGACAUCGAAUGACUAG